AUGGCCGACUCCAAGACGUACUCUCGCCUGCCGUCCUCUGAAGACGGCGACGGCGAGCUCCAGUCGCAGCCCCCGCCAGUCUCGCAUAGGCAAAGAGCCAUUCGCUAUGUCAUUAUUGUAUUCCUCGUAGCAAGCACGCUUGCACUGGGAUAUGCGGUGGGCUACCACUUCGGCUCUGGCACCGGGCCUGCGUCCGAUGGCAAUCCGUUCGCUGCCGUGGGCGACGUACAUUACUAUAUGAAGUUCAACGGCUCCUUUGCGCAGCGCUCAAAUGCGAUCAGCGACGGGCUCUGGGAUUCGCUGUUUCCGGAAAAGAAAGGCUUCAUCCAACACCCGGAGUUUGCACCGGACGUCGCUGGGAUCGCCGUGUUUCACGAACUACACUGUCUGGACAUCCUCAGAUCCGCCUUUUUCGCCUCCGUGGACGGCAAAUUGGAGGAAAUGGGCGCCCAGAGCCAGGAAAUGAACCAUCGCACCAGCUUGCAUCAUAUUCGCCAUUGCUUCGAGUAUCUGCGCCAGUCGCUCAUUUGUCUGGCUGACUCGAAUCUCGAGGCGAUGAACUACACGACCCAGGGAGUUUCCGGGUGGCAGACGGAGCGGACGUGCAGAGACUAUGACGGCUUGGUGGCAUGGGCUAAUGAAUGGGGGAUUGCGAGGGAGGAUGCGUUGCGCAACCAUAACUGGGAUAAUAGUACCCAUCCUUUAUGA